UGUGUGAGGGGUGUGUGUCUGUCCUCACUAUCCCCUGAAGGGUCUUGUGAUCUGAGACGGUCCAGUUCCCAAACCAGGCAGUGAUGCAGCUGCUCAGGACGCUCUCCAUGGUCCCUCUGUAGAACACAGUCAGGAUGGGGGAGGGAGAUGGGCUUUCCUCAGCCUCCACAGGAAGUAGAGGUGCUGCUGGGCUUUCUUGGUGAUGGAGCUGGUGUUGAGUGACCAGGUGAAGUUCUCUGCCAGAUGGACACCAAGGAAUUUGUUGCUCUUGACGAUCUCCACCGAGGAGCUGUCGAUGUUCAGUGGAGAAUGGUCACUCUGUGCUCUCCUGAAGUCAACAACCAUCUUGAGCUAGAUUUGAAUUUGGAUUACAUUCAAAUUCAAAUUAAAAUUUUUUAAUUUUAAUUUUAUUUGUCACAUACAUAAUGGUACACAGUAUGAUAUGCAGUGAAAUGCUUACACGACUGUUUGACCCUUGAAAACGAAAAAGUACAAGAAAUAAGGACAGAAAAAGAGACAAGGAUGAAAUGUAAGUGUAUAUAGUAAAUGUUUGUGUACACUAAGGACAUGGUGUAUCGCUUCUCCCUUUUCAUCUGAUUCGGCAGCCACAACAAAAACAAUUUGAUCUCCAAGUAGCACCUUGUGAAGGUUAGUGGUAGCUAUCACCUAGGCCUAUAAGGUGUGCUGUGUGGCUUUGCCUCUAAGGAUUACAGCUCACUCCACUAGGUGUAUAGCCUUGUCCAGCACACUGACUUGUGGCGGGUUGGUCCUCUCCACACACCCCUAUCAGGUUCUAUAACCUGGACCUGGACCCCACUCCUGGGUCUUGGGUCUCACAGGGCUUUUGGUGCUUUGCUCGUGGCUCAUUUGUGCCCUUUCUCAACAUCCAGCACAGAUGUCUCCAGGCAUGUGGUGGCAUUGGUAUUUGCAUUCCCAUAGCAUCAGCCAUGAUGCAGCGUCAAGCUCCCUGAGAAGGGAAUUAGAAGAAGAAGCUGAAGCUGUAGUAAUGUGACGUAGAUGCCCUUUUAUGGUCUUGCUGGCAUGCUCUGCUUUGUCACAUGACCUACCCGAGCCAAUAAUCGGCAUGAUUUCACACAGAGCUUCAGACACAAGUUCUACAUAGAAGCGUUCCCAUAGCGUCAGCCAUGAGGCAGCAUCCCUUUCCCUUCUCAGGGAACCGGGUUACAUACAUAACCUGGUGAAAUUAGUAAGCUUCCACUGUCUAAUGUCCUUUACACAUUCCUCAUUAUUAAUAAGCUGGUGUCUCUCAUCUGACUUAGCUGAAACAUAUUGCCGUGGAAGCUAAUCCCAUGUUUAUGAAUAAAUGCACCAAGGGGAAGCAUAUAGGAGAAAAGCAGGUCUAUGAACUGGUAACCAUCAAUCAAAUAAGACCUGAGCCAGGAGAGGGCUGUCCCCUUAACACCAACAACAUUCUCUAGUCUAUCAAGAAGAAUAGUGUGGUCAGUGGUGUCAAAAGCUACACUAAGAUAGAGUCAGAGGCCAGUAGCAGGUCAUUUACCACUUUAACCAGUGUUGUCUCUGUGCUAUGAUGAGGCCUAAAUCCUGACUGAUACAUUUCAUGAAUGUUAUUCCUUGUCUAGGAUCUUGGAGAUAAAGGGGAGAUUUGAUAUUGGCCUAUAGUUGGACAUAUUUAGCUGUAGCAGGAGACUUCAUAUACAAUACAUCAUGCAGCACCAUCAAGGAGGCAUCUGAUUGUCCCCAAAUUUAUUCUGCUGCAGAACAAUGACCUCAAACAUACAGCCAAUGUCAUUAAGAACUAUCUUCAGCAUAGAGAAAAACAAGGAGUCCUUGAAGUGAUGGUUUAUCCACCACAGAGCCCUAAUCUCAACAUCAUCCAGUCUGUCUGGGAUUACAUGUAGAGACAGAAGGUUUUGAGGCCUACAUCCACAGCAGGUCUGUGCUUCAUGUACCAAAAACUGUGUGCAAGUGUACCUAGAUAAAAUGAUGCUGUUUUUGCAGGCAAAGGCUGGUCUCACAAAAUUUUGAUUUGAUUUGGAUUUUUCUUCUGUUCAUAUAUGUUCCAUUUUGUUAAUUGAUAAAAAAUAAAGGAUUAACACAUUUUUUUUAAAGCAUUCUCACUUUAUAGGCUGCUUUCACACAUGCCUAAAACUUCUGCACAGUACGUUAUGUGGGUUGCUCUCUACACAGACACUCUUGAUCAGAUAACACCUCCAAAUAAUGUGAUCAAUAAUAACACCUUGAUGCACACACAUACACAAACACACUUUUUCACACUUAUGUUUAGAACCACAAAUAUUUAUAGACCUGUAAAUGUGGCCCUGCCCCUGUCAUUUCCUACUGUAUAAAUACCCUGUUUAGAACUAAAGAAUAAGAUUCAUUGUUAUAACAUUCAUUGUAGAGCCUUCUGAAGUCCACAGAGCAUACAUGCAUCAAGAAACAGGACAAACACCAAGUCCAGCCAUGCUGCAGACAUUGCUGAUUUGGGCCGUGUUUGCCGCAAGUCUCCUUCCUCCAUCCAGCCAGCGCUGCUUCAAGGCCAAUGAGUCUCAGUGUCAAGAUGUGGACUUCGCUCCAGGAUCUGACCUGGCAGGAGAAGGCUUUGACAUCACCACCAUGCAACGGAAAGGAGCCUUCGUCCUCGACAUGAGCACUUGGCUCAAUAAGGACAAGUCCUGCACUCUGUGUAAAAACCCCUACAUAGAAGGUCAAACUCAGAAGCUCCCGGUUUCUGUGGUGGACUGGAGACCGACUCAGAAGUGCAACAUGAAGUUGUCCAGCUCCGUCUACGAGUCCAGCGAGGCCCUGGUCAGCUCUACCACCUCCUCUAUUGAGAACAACUGGAAGGCAGAAUUGAAUGUAGUCACUCCAAAAGUCCAGGGAUCACUGAUGCUGGCAGGCAGUCACUCCAAGCUGGCUGAAUAUUCAAUGGAUAAAUCCAAGAAAGACAAGUUCAGCUUCACCAGUCAUGCUGUUUCAUGUGGAUAUUACAGAUACAGGGUUUCGAGUAGUCCACUCCUGCACCCAGAGCUCAUCGAGGAAUUUAAAAGUCUCCCUGAGAUCUAUGAUGAGUCUUCAAAAUAUCUCUAUUACAAUCUGAUUGACAAGUUUGGUACUCAUUAUAUCUCAAAGGUGACUCUGGGAGGAGAGGUUCGCUCUGUGACCAGCAUCAAGGAGUGUGAGGCGUCUCUGCAGGGUCUGAGUGUGGACGAGGUGAAGAUGUGUCUUGACAUGGAGGCUUCUGUCAGCAAGGGACCGGCAUCAGUGAGAGCUGAGACUAAACACUGCAAGGAGAACAAGAAAAAGACUUCAAACAAAAAGAGCUUUGCUAGCAGCUUCAAUGACAGGGAUACAAAUGUGAUUGGUGGCUACACUCAGAGUAGCGACCUCCUUUUCUCAUCAAAUACUGACCCAGUAGCCUAUAAGGAGUGGGUGGCAUCUCUUCCUGCUCACCCUGAUGUGAUUUCCUACGCACUCGAGUCUAUUCACUUAUUGCUGCCGGCGAAGACACAACCACGAGCACAUUUGCGUAAUGCCAUCAAGGACUACAUCCUCCAGAGGGGCCUGCUGAAAAACUGCACAAGUCCAUGUAAGACUGGUGUGAAUACCAAAUCUGGUGAGCCAUGCAAAUGCAGCUGCAUGAACAACCCGCAGUUGUCCACAGACUGCUGUCCCACUCAGAAAGGAUCUGCUGAAGUCACAGUUACUGUGAUAAAAGCCAUGGGUUUAUACGGAGAUUUCUUGACUCAGACGGAUGGAUUCGUCAAACUCUUCCUCGAAGGUGUAUUCAGAGACAAGACAAGUAUGAUCAUGAAUAACAACAAUCCCUACUGGAACUCUGAUUUCCAUCUUGGAACUGAGGACCUUACUCGUUCCAUCAGCCUGAAGAUGGAGGUGUUUGAUGAGGAUGACAGCUCAGAAGAAGCUCUUGGGGCAUGUGAUGUUCAACUGAAAUCUGGAGUGGUUAAGGAUGUCUGUGCGCUCAAUCAUGGAUUGCUGUAUUAUAAAGUGCAGGUGACGUGCAUUCCGGGUCUGACCGGUCUUUACUGCUCGGAGUACAAGCCCUCUCCUAUGGACACACAGCUGGAGAAAGUCUACGUUUCCCGCAAUGCUCGCCCAAUUCCCAGACGCAUGCUGGUGGAGAUGGGAGUGCUCCUCGAUGAACGUAUUCCGCGCUUCAACCAGAGCAACAUUCACAAAAAUAAAGGCUUUGAGUUGUAGACCAAUUCAGUUCUUUGUGCACGCUUUCACAUUUUCAGACCAGCUAUUGUAAUGUUUAUAGUAGAGUAGGUGCACAUAAUAAUGGCACAUUACUACUAAACAUUUCCUCCUCAUUUGUGCUUCCAUUUGCCUUCUUUUUAAAGCCUAAUAAAAGUCUCACAAAGUAACAUACGGUAUUGUUAAAAUUGUGUAGUUUCUAAACAGCAUAUUCACAGCAACUGUUAUAAUGUUUAAAUUAGAAUAUUUUCACUUUUCUUCUUUUUAAAGCCUAAUAAAAGUCUCAGCAUAUGCUAUUGUU